CCGAUAGUUUGUAGUUCUGACAUCACUAAUUCGCAUUCCGUCACAAACAGUGUGUGCAAAGAAGAAGACAGGCACGCACGGACUGUGAUUGCGGAGUUUUUGUUUUUGCAUUCUUAGAAAAAAAGAAAAUUGUUCGAUUUUUAUCUUAAUUAAUUAGCAAUUUGUGCAAUUGCUCUUAACAAAUAUUCCGUCUAUUGUGCAACGAAAAAUACGUAGUAGAUAUACAUAACAGCAACAAACAAUUAACUGAAAUGAAAGUGGAAAUCGUGUGAUGUCAUGUCGACAACGACGACGACAGCGAUGACGACGCCAGCAGCAGCAGAAGCGACGUCGACCGUUCUUGUGAAUUGAAACUUCCUCUGUUCUCUCCCUUUCUCACUCGCCCCCGUCCCCCCGCGCCGCUUUGUGUUUUGUGCCUGCCGCCUUCUGUUUACUGCAAUUGCGGAGAUCCUUCCAAAAGUGCGACAAGUGACGAAUAAAAAAAAACAAUUCCAAUUUUCAUUCCACCAAAAACUCCAACAAAUGUGCCCGUGAAUAACAGCACAAAAGAGAAAAGGUGAAACGAACCAAACAGACACACGCACACACACACACGCACGCACCACUUUUGACCGUGUGUCUGUGUGUGGAGUGAGUUUUGUUUUUGCUGAAGCACUCAGAAAAAAAUAACAUAAAAAAGCAACCUGGUUUUUUGAUUGAUUUCCCUCCAAAAAAAAAGAAGAAAACAUUAAUUGACGACAAUUCCGCCCAAAAGCAACAGGAGCAGCUGCUGCACUUUGCCACGCCUACUCGACACCGUGGUACCGUCCUAAAAGCUCCACACACACACACACAUACAUACCCCUCCCCCUUCCACCUGUCCCCCUUCAUACACACUCAUCAUGGCAGACACAGAGACAGUUGUUGGGGAUCUGCGCAUGGAAGUGGAGCGUCUGACACGCGAACUCGAUCAGGUGACCAGCGCCAGCGCCCAAUCCGCUGAAUAUGGUCUAUCGCUGCUGGAGGAGAAGUCGGCACUGCAGCAGAAGUGCGAGGAGCUCGAAACACUCUACGACAACACAAGACACGAACUGGACAUCACUCAGGAGGCUCUCACCAAAUUCCAAACGUCACAAAAGGUCACCAAUAAGACGGGCAUCGAACAGGAGGAGACGCUGCUCAAUGAGUCAGCCGCACGCGAAACCUCGCUCAAUCUGCAAAUACUCGAACUGGAGAACGAAUCGAAGCAGCUGCGACAUGAGCUGGAGCGUGUGCGCAACGAACGGGAUCGCAUGCUGCAGGAGAACUCGGACAUUGGACGCGACAAGAGCGACAAUGAGGCAGACCGGCUGCGUCUCAAAUCCGAGCUAAAGGAUUUGAAAUUUCGCGAGACACGCAUGCUCAGCGAAUACUCCGAACUGGAGGAGGAGAACAUAUCGCUGCAGAAGCAGGUCUCCAGCCUGAGAAGCUCGCAGGUGGAGUUUGAGGGUGCCAAACAUGAGAUACGUCGCCUUACCGAGGAGGUGGAGCUGCUGAAUCAGCAGGUCGAUGAGCUAGCGAAUCUCAAGAAGAUUGCCGAAAAGCAAAUGGAGGAGGCGCUCGAGGCACUGCAGGGCGAGCGUGAGGCGAAAUAUGCGCUGAAAAAGGAGCUGGAUGGUCAUCUGAAUCGCGAGUCCAUGUAUCACAUCAGCAAUUUGGCCUACAGCAUACGCAGCAAUAUGGAGGAUAAUGCCAGCAAUAAUUCCGAUGGCGAAGAGGAGAAUUUGGCACUGAAACGUCUCGAGGCGGAUUUGAGCACAGAACUCAAAUCGCCCGAUGGCACCAAAUGUGAUCUCUUCUCCGAGAUCCAUUUGAACGAGCUGAAGAAACUGGAAAAGCAGCUGGAAUCGAUGGAGAAUGAGAAAUCGCAUUUGACAACCAAUUUGCGUGAGGCGCAAAGCAGUCUCGACAAGUCACAAAAUGAGCUGCAGAACUUUAUGUCACGUCUCGCACUGCUGGCCGCCCAUGUUGAUUCCCUUGUGCAGCUCAAGAAACAGAUUUGUGUCAAGGAUCAGACGAGCGGCGGCGGCAAGGAUAAGGAUGAACAAUUCCAGCAACAGAUGCGUACGAUUUGCACACAAUAUGCCAAUUGGUUUAUGCUCUCCGCCAAGGAGAUUGACGGCCUUAAGACUGACAUUGCCGAGCUGCAGAAGGGUCUCAACUAUACGGACGCCACCACCACUCUCCGCAACGAGGUUACCAAUCUGAAGAACAAACUGCUCUCCACCGAACAAAAGUCACUCGAUCUGCAGAGCGAUGUUCAAACGCUGACGCACAUCUCACAGAAUGCUGGCCAGAGUUUGGGCUCGGCACGCAGCACUCUGGUUGCGCUCAGCGAUGAUCUGGCGCAGCUGUAUCAUCUGGUCUGCACUGUGAAUGGCGAGACGCCAUCGCGUGUCCUGCUCGAUCACAAGAGCGACGAUAUGAGCUUUGAGAACGAUUCGUUGACUGCCAUCCAAUCGCAGUUCAAAUCGGAUGUUUUCACUGCACGCCCGCAAAUUGUUGAGGAUCUGCAGGGCUUGGCGGAUUCGGUGGAGAUUAAAAAAUAUGUCGACACCGUCAGCGAUCAGAUCAAGCAUCUGAAAACGGCCGUCGAGCACACAAUCGAUCUGAACAAGCACAAAGUGCGCGCCGAGGGAGGUGAAUCCGUGGAGAAGGGCAACACCGAGGAGGUGGAGGAGCUGCAGGAGCAAAUUGUCAAGCUCAAGAGCCUGUUGUCCGUGAAACGCGAGCAAAUUAUCACGCUGCGCAAUGUGCUCAAGUCAAACAAACAAACCGCCGAGGUGGCACUCACCAAUCUCAAGUCCAAAUACGAGAACGAGAAGAUCAUUGUCAGCGACACCAUGUCCAAGUUGCGCAACGAGCUCCGACUGCUCAAAGAGGAUGCGGCCACCUUCUCCAGUCUGCGCGCCAUGUUCGCCGCACGCUGCGAGGAGUAUGUUACCCAGGUGGAUGAUCUGAAUCGCCAGCUGGAGGCUGCCGAGGAGGAGAAGAAAACGCUCAAUCAGCUGCUGCGCUUGGCCGUCCAGCAAAAGCUGGCGCUCACCCAGCGUUUGGAGGAAAUGGAAAUGGAUCGCGAGAUGCGUCAUGUGCGCCGUCCAAUGCCACCGCAACGCGGCACCAGCGGCAAGUCGUCGUUCAGCACCCGUCCAUCGAGCAGAAAUCCGGCGAGCAGCAAUGCGAAUCCCUUCUAACAUAAGAUCAGCGUGCAGCGUAAGCUUUUGGCUUUGGUUUAUACUUUGCUUAAGUUAUAAAUUCGUUUUGGAGGAGCCUUGUUGUGGAUAAACCGAAGAACAAGAACAAUUGCAGCCAGCACCACCUCCCCUCCUUCUCCUCCUCCGGACACACAACCACACACACAACCACACACACACACCCACACACACGCAUGAUAGAGAGAGAGCGAGCGAGAUCGAGAAUACUGUUGAUGUAUUAUUGGGGGAAAGAUGCUAUAGCUACGAUCUAUCCUAUUAUUAAUGAUAAACGAUUUGUAUCUGUUUCUAUAUUUGUAUUUAUUGAGAGUUUAGUUAGACGAAAGUUUUGUGUUAGGCGUAAUUAGACGCAAUACGAACAGUUAUUAACGGUUAGUUACUUAAACGUCCAAUUAAUUUAAUUAACAAUUUGAGAAAGAGAAAACGCAAUUCUAAUUCUAACAUAAAUAAUUGUAUUUUUCUAUACAUACAAAACACAAAAACAAAAAGAAAGAAAACAAUUUGUA